AUGGAGCAUACUGUGCCACAGCGUUCCAGCGAGAUCCUCCAGAGCUCUUUGCAUCCGCCGCUUUCUUUCAUCACCUGGCCUCGGGGUUCCUGUUCAGGUUUUGAAUGCAUUGGGCGGUAUCUCACGAAGCCUCCCGAGCUCGAUUGCACCCGCCCUGUCGAGGACGACCAAGAUUACAACUGCGACCGCCGAGGCUGCCCUGCCGCUCCUGGUGGACCAUUGCCCUCUUAUGCCUGCACAGUCUCCCAGUAUGCAUAUGGGCAGCACCCACAGGAUUGCCAACAACCACCGAAUGUCCCAAUGCUGCUCCGGUGCCGGAGGAGCUACCUGCAACAUCUGCCGCCGAGUUUCAUUGACCAUUUGGAAAGCCAUUGCGGACACUAUUAUGCCACCGUCCUGCCGCGAAGGGCACCUUAUGAGGAGCUUGAGGACUAUGUCCGCCCGCAAACCAGUUACGGCUCAGAACCUUUUGAGUUCCACGUCGGCAGGAGGCCUGUUGCCUGGACAGUCGACGCUGACAUCGUGCUUGCCCCUGGGGAUGUCAUCACUGUCGUGUCACAUGGUCGUCCGGGUCCACACCUGCAUGAUAUCGAAACUCUGUUUGCGCCGGACACUGUCUGGGGUUCUCCGGAGCACACCCCGCGAGCCAUCUACACCCCUGGCCUUUGUGUGCUGCACAAGUCCGAAAGAUUCAUGCUGCACCAGCGCUUCUUCCCUCGACAAGAGGUGGUACCAGCUUUGGCACAAACCAUACAUGUUCCAGAAGAUGCCUUUGUUCAAGCUGCAGUCCCACUUCCCAAUCUCGAUCUGCAAGGUGACCCGGCUUCUGUGCUGGUCGGGGUUGUCGACCUGCCAAGACAGGCCCUUGAUGUGCCGACCUAUGCAGGUCGUCGAGAUGUGUUUACCUUCUGUGACUUGCGCCCGGUAGGCCGGCAACCGCAGCUUCAUUUCUCGCACUCCCGAGUUUUGCACGUACCCACCCUCCUUGCGUUGUUUGCGGUGCGUGUACCUUCGGGCUACCACCUCGAAGUUGAUGGAGCGCGGCAACAAGGUGAUGAGAUAUACGUCCUGGACUGUGCCCUCAUCACCUUUCGCCUCAUUCCGGCCGAAUCCAGACUGCAUUACGAUGAUUUGCACGCCUUUCUUCCCGGGCGGUUCAAGGGGGAGUUCGACAUCGACAUGCUACAGAAUGCUCAGCAUUGGAAUGCUGAUGCCGACAUUCCAGUACCACCAGGUGCAUUUCAUCGCCUGCUCACCGAUCAUGGUGACUCCUUCGCUCCUGACACUUUGGCCUUCGCAGUUGCACCGUUUGGCUACGUGUACCGAGAUGAACUCGAGCAGCGCGUCCUCCCGUCCCUACCUCAGGGCUUGGUGCCCCUCAUCACGGGUGGGCACCUUACACUCCGUGAGCACAGAGAAGUCUUUGAGCUUGUCAGUGGGCAGGUUUUGACGGAGCCGGACAGUGACGCGUCGGAUGCCGAUCCAGAUGAUGCUGGCAAUGUCGUAGCCUAUGGCAGUCUUCGGCUUCAUCGUCUUAUGGUCCUCCCGACCAGUGCCAUGCAGACCAAGCCAUAUGAGAGGCGAACUUGGAUCCAGCCCACCGACCGCGAGCACCCUGCUUUGACUUCGUGCACUGCCACAGCGGCCCCAGAGCGUGUGCGGUUGCUACCACCAGCUGACCGUGCAUAUGCGUCGACCAUCAUUCCCACACCAUGCCGUGCCUUUCGCAACCACGCCACCACCUGGACCAGUGGCGAUGUGGCCAACUAUCUAGUCUGCGGACCUACUCUUCUAGAGGAAUGCAUUAUGCAUACGCAACAGCCUCUUUUUGAGGCCUGGACCCUGCUAGAAACACUGUCGGAACACAUCCAGAUCAACACCAGUGUUCCCUGUGUCCCACCAUCCCCUUUGUCCCUGAGUGACAAAGUCCCAAUGACCAGCUACCAAGCGGACUGCCUGUCCCUUGAACAGCUCUUGCCGCAUAGUCAACCAACAGUCCCGCAUGAUGAAGACUGGCUGGAUACAGAUCUUCAAGCAGUUCUGUCCAACCCAGACGUUUGCUUAGAAUUUCGCCAGGCUUUUUCCAGUCUCAUCACGUGGCACCGUGCUGACCGUCCAGCCCCGGAUGCGCUUGACAUUUAUACGGAUGGAUCUGCAUCCAAUAAUGACCUGUGCGUGCAACCCGGUUCCUGGGCGUUUGUUGUCUUUGCACGCCAUAGGGACCAACGCUUUUUUGUCGGCGGAGCAGCGGCCACCACCGUGCCUCCAGACCUCCCGCACCAUCUUGGGGAGAUCAAAGAGGAUGCCAUGACAGGUGAACUCCUGGCUCUUUGCUGGAGCUUGGCCUGGGUCGCACAGACUGGUCAUAGCUUUGGAGUGCCUGUACAUUUUCACUACGACUCCACCAGUGCCGGCGGAGGGGUCUUUGGGCUCACCACAGCACCGACAGGUGGUCUGGAUGGGACCUACGAGCCGCUUUCGAAACUGGCCCUCACCCUCCGCUUCAUAGAUAUGCCACGUCCCUACACCUUUGGAGUGGAGGCCGACUUGGCGCAGCGCCAUGCCCAUCGAGCCGCUACUGCCCCUCAACAGGGCAUCAGAGACGUGACCAUCCCUGAGGCAGAAGUCCUCUAUGACAUCACAGCGAUAAGCUUCAACGCGCUCACCCUGCGUGACCCCAAGACCAAGCGUGCAUCAGCCACUGCGACCGGUUUGCGCAUUGCUGGGCGCAAGGAGGUGCUAAAGACAUCUCUCGCAGCUCACCAACCACACAUCAUAGGCCUACAGGAGACACGUUUGCCGGCCUCCGAUAUGCAGCCAGAUGAUGCAUGCUGGAUAUACAAUGCAGCGGCUGAUUCCAGUGGAGUUGGCACCUCACGGCCAAUGUUCUUUCUGAUUAUGCCAGAUUGCACUUCUGCGCACAAUAUUCCUCUGAGUGAGAUCCGCCUCUUCUGGGCCAAGCGGAUCCAGGAGCUUGCUGCCAGACCCAAGGGUGCCGACUACCUUAUCCUUUGUGAUUCUAAUGCCCGUGUAGGCACUGUGGAAUCCUGCUAUGUAGGAGCCUGCAACUCGGAGUCUGAGAACCCAGCCGGAGCCCUGUUUCAUGAGUUUUUGUCCUCAGCCGAAGCCCUGGCACCAGCAACAUUUGAGGCGUACCACUCAGGUCCGGGAGGCACAUGGUGUUCGCCUUUCGGCCAGUGGGCACGUCUAGACUAUGUACUGGUCCCAAGUUCUUGGGGGUCGUUCGACAUAACCUCUAAAGUUCUAUACGAUGUGGAGGUGCUCCAGAAACGGGACGACCAUGUCCCAGUCUUCCUCAGAUGCAGAUUUGCAAGGUGGCAACCAAAGUCCUCUUACUCUGCCAAUCGUCGGCGAGCGGUUCGACCGCCAGCACCGACCGACAGUGCAGCCCGAUUGGAAGUUCGCCAACACCUUAAUACCUGCACCGCAGUGCCCUGGGGAGCUGGUGUCGAUGAGCACUAUGCCCACUUAGCGGCACAUUGGAGGACUGCUGCUGAACAGCUCUCGUCUCCAGCUACUGAGCCUCCUCGACAGCCUUUCUUGACACAGACCACUCUGGACCAGGUAAGAUAUCGGUCUGCCCUCCGAGCUUACUUACGGUCUGAAACCCAGGAACGCCACAGGCGCUUGUGUCUCAUUGCCUUUGCUGCUUUCCUGCACCAUAAGGCAGGCACCAGCUUCACUCCCACGACCCGCGAGCGCGCAGAGGUCUGGUUGCGUCAGCUUGACUACAGUGAGGCGCGGGCACUCCAUGCGCUCCAUGUUUCCACCAGCGUCAUUCGACGGGCGGUUGCCCAGGACCGUCAUAAUUAUCUGGCCGGCUUAGCUGAAGUCGCAGCAACCAAAGACCUCAGUGACCCUGCCGAGUUGUAUAAAGCCAUCAGACGAGCUUUCCCACAAGCACAAGCCUCUCGGCGCAGUUCCCAUAAGCCCCUCCCGGCCCUAAUGCUUGAAGAGGGGCGACCGGCCCUUACCACUCACGAGCGCGCAGAAGGUUGGAGGUCCCAUUUCGAGAGACAGGAGGCAGGCAGCAAGGUCACACCCGAAGAGUACUUGAACCUCCUCAAGGAGCGCACUCGCCGCGCGCCAUGGACCUUUGACAUUCAUGCAGUGCCAGACCUUUGCUUGCUUGAGAGUCUGACCCACUCACUCAAGAGGCACAAGGCGGCGGGGCCUGACGGCAUUACUGCAGAGGUGCUACGCUUAGAUGUAGCCACGACCGCGCGUCAGCUACUUCCUAUCCUAGCGAAAGCUGCCAUCCGCGCUUUUGAACCCGUUCCUUUCAGGGGCGGAGAUUUGGUGCUCUUGGCCAAACGAGCCUCCCAUAUCCUUGGCUGCGAGGGAUAUCGGUCAGUGCUCGUGUCGUCGGUUCCAGGGAAGCUCUAUCACAAGUGUCUCCGACGACAGCUCUUGCCCGCUUUUUGCGGCAGCAAGACUCCUUUUCAUGCUGGUAUCUUGCCCGGCCAGGGCAUAGAGCUCAUCUCCCUCACGGCAAAAACAUUUUUUGCCCUCAGCAACUCGCCCAAAGCCUCCAAGGCAUCUCUGGUGUUUUUCGAUUUGAAAGCUGCCUUCUAUCAGACUGUGAGACAACUGCUCGUCGACACCGACACCGGUGAUGCCGAAUUGCUACAACUGUUUGCCCGCAUGCAGCUGCCCCAAGCAGCCAUUGUCGAGCUUAAACAAAAGCUAGUGAGCAUCACCACCCUCGAGCAAUGCCAAGUCUCGAGUCACACCAGAGCCCUCAUCUCGGACUUGUUCACGGGAAGUUGGUUCAGGUUGUCGUCCUUCAGCGAGCUAACGGUUACGCGACGGGGCACCCGUCCAAGGGAUCCAGCUGCCGAUCUGUUGUUUGCUUUCUCGUUGUCUGCUUAUAUGCGCUCAGCUACCACUGCACUAGAGGCUCAGGACCUUUUAGCGGAGCUGCCAGGCCCCGGAGAGCGACCACCCUAUCUGCAGCAUCAGGGACCCGUGCAACUGCAGUGCCCUGCUUGGGCUGACGAUUUCUUCUUUCCCCAGACAGGACCCACUGUGCCAGCUCUCCUUGAUCGCACACAACGUGCAGUCAGUUUGCUGGUGACUCAUGCUUCGUCGUUAGGCAUGACUGUCAAGGCAGGUGAGGACAAAACAGCCCUCCUUCUACCUCCUGGUGAGGCUCAUAACGAACAUGAGCUCCUCCACACUGGUCCGGAAGGCAAACUUGUACUACCGGUCGUCGAUGACACCACCGCACAGCGCCUGGAUGUACCCGUCGUCCAGGCCUACAAACACCUUGGGGGAGUCCUCACAGCUAACCAGCACCCUGCGCCGGAUUUGCAUUAUCGCUAUUCGCGCAGUAUGGGUAUGAUAAAGCCUUUGCGCCGCCGGCUCUUCGGAGCACAGUGCUACGACAUGGCCGUUCGCAGAAGCUUGCUCAGGGCCUUAUCAGUGUCCAGAUACGUCCACACGGCUGCAGCCUUGGUUCUACCUGCAGCUGUUCACCGGCGUCUCUGGGAGAGACAAUAUGUCUCUCUCUGGCGAGUCCUGCUUGCUCGCACAGCUGUCGAUGCGCCUCCACAUAGCUACGCGGUUUUGCUUGCUGCCAGAGCUCCUCCUCCCAAUCUGGCAAUCGCGGACGCAAGAGCACUGUGCCUGCAAAAACUGUUCCGACAGGGCCCUCAGGAAUUGCUUGCCUUUCUGUAUGAUCACUGGUGUCUCGUACCCAGGACUUCCUGGCUACGACAACUUGAGGAUGACAUACGUUCCGUCGCUGUCUUCGUCCCCGGUGUCAAGGACUGCCUGCCAUCCCAUCAGUCUGUGCUCGCCCUCCUAGAGGCUCAUGAGUCAGACGUGUACUGGUGGCGCAAACAAGUAGCCAGGGCCACCAAGCAGUUCCUCCAGGACGCGGAGGCUUGGCAGGAGGAACGCAAGGCAGGUAAGCUGCCUGUCAGGGUUGGUCCUGCUGACGGGUCAGACCAGGAAUACCAGUGCUACUUGUGUGACAGUUCCUUCCCGCUCAGGAAGCACUUGCACGUGCACCUUGCCAGAACGCACAGGAUUUACAGCCCGGCCAGGCACUAUGCAAUCAGUGAGGUUUGCACGUCCUGUUUGCGGGUCUACCCAGAUGUUGUGCAAGCACAACAACACUUGAAGCACUCCACCGAGUGUCUUCGACGAGCCCUCUACGUGCACAGACCGCUCACUUAUGACGAAAUUCUGGCGCUCGAGCAACCAGUGCGGACCCAUCAUCAGCGCCUGCGUGCCGGCAAGUGGCAACAGUUCAGCUGUCGAGGUCCUCCGCGUCGUGCUCCCAGCAUUUUUGGGCCGCGAGCGCCCACAGCAGAAGAACGCCUCCAUGGACUUGAGGACGAUGAUGAUACACCCAUCAGCGACCUCGGGCAGACCGCCUUCAGCGAAGCCACCUGCCGUGACGUGGCGAAAGUACAGAGAAGCGAGGGCCUGGACCUGGGCGUGCUGCUAGGAGAUCUAUCCUAUGCCGAUACGGAUGCCACCAGGUGGGACUCGUUUCAGCGCUUGUUCGACGAGUCCGGAUGCGCCGACAUCCCUUGGGUGGUGCUUCCCGGAAAUCAUGAAAUCGAGCCCGAUGAGAUCACAGGUGAACCGUUCCUGCCUUUUCGCAGCCGCUGGCGGACUCCACAGUCCAGGGAAGCCGCGGUCUCCGUGCCACCGGAGGACGCAUGGCAGGGCUGGUUGACCUACGAUUUUCCAAGCAUGAGCUUCGACUUUGGGAGCUCCUUCUUCUCUUUGGAGGUCGGAUGCGCUCACUUGCUGGUGCUGAACCCGUACACGGACGCUUCGCCGAGCUCACCUCAGAUCACCUGGCUCCAAAGCGAGCUGAAACGCAUCAACCGCUCGAAGACGGAACACGUCGCGGUGCUAACACAUGCGCCGUGGCAGCAUUCCUCGCGUGCGCACCGGCCGGAAAUGGAGGCGGCAACACGCAAUCUCCUCUCAGCGGCUGGGCCUUUGCUGCUGCCAGACAAGAUAGACUUGGUCUUCUCUGGCCACGUCCACGCCUUCGAGCGGUCCUUGCCAAUGGACGGAGUGCAGCACUUCGUAGUGGGCCACGGUGGCAACAUGGAAGGACUUUACGACAACUGGCUGCCUAGCAGCACAUCAGCGUUUCAUGCUGGAGAUCACUACGGCUGGGGACUACUCCACCUUCGCCCUCGGCGGCUCGGUCCAUCCACCUUCAACGCGCGCCGUGGUGCGGAUGGUGCCGUGAUGGAUGCCGUCGAGUUCUGGCCUCGCGACUUGAGAUCCUCGCAGCCCAGCAAAGACAACCAAGGUGCUGGAGCUCCUGAGCCUGGCCUUCUGGGCGCAACCUUCGCCGCGUGCCUGGUAGUCUGUCUCUGUGCCUGCUUCUACCGGCGUGCCCGUGUCCGGGCUAGGUACGAAGAGGAAAGCUCCCUGCGAAGGGCUGAGGAGGGCGAGGCCGCCGUGGUCACUGGCGACUCAGAGGCCGAGGCGAUCUUCCGCGAGGCCUACGAAGCCGAGGCGGAGAGGGCGAAGCUCUUGAGCAAGCAAGUGGAGGCUGCACUGGCAGAGCAAUUGGGCGCCCCAGAAGGCAUCAAAAUCAAUGUGGAGGCCCCAGCAGCGCCAGCUCCGGGUGAGCCCGGGGGGUCAACUUGGCGUUUUGCCUACGAGGCUGUGAAAAAGCGCACAGCCUCCUUGGAGGGCCAGCUGGAAAAGGCCCGCCGUAUCGCAGCGCCUGCAGCAACUCCGCCAGCAGACCCGACAGCGGCGGCAGUGGCCGAGGCUGAAGCCAACUUCGUUGCGCCCGACGUCUCGACGCAAAACUUAGAGUCUGGGAAUGCUCAACCGAACUUUCAGCAGCCGCAGCAAGGCAAUAUGAUGGAUCCGAUGCAGCAGAUGCAAAAGCUGCGAGAGGUGGGCAGCCUUGCAGAGGACGAGGAGUCGGUGUUGAGGCUGUUGACCUUGGGCACCUUGCCCAAUCAGGAGAACGCCUUCUCGCUCGAUCCGACAGCUACGAAGAAGGAGCUGCCUCCGCUGAACCGAGCACGUGAGGCACUGAGCAGUGAGGACUUCGUCGCCAACGACGCGAUAGUUUUCGAGCGCAGCUAUAUAUUCCCUGGAGUCAUUCCCGACGGCCGCGACCCUGCCGUGGCUCUGGAGUCAUUGCAGACCCGUAUGGCCGGCAUCCAGGCGCCUGGUGCAACAGAGACUGAGCUCUUCCUCCAGCCACAGAAGGAGGAAGGAAAGAGCCUGCUGAUCAUGGUGCACAAAGGCGAUCUGCCUGAUGGAGAGAUCGAGUCGUGGCAGUGGGUCGUCUGGGUCCUCAGCGUGGGUGCCACCUUCGUUUCCUCCCUCUCUACAACCUUGGCGGUCGUUGCUGUGGGUCCUGGUCUGGCCGCUGGAUCAGACGUGGGAGACCUGACUGCGGCAUUUGAGAAGUUGGUGCCUGUCGCCGGAGCCGUGCUGGCCACUGUUGCCGCCCAGGAGACCGCGCGUCGCACGGUGGCAUCCAACUACAAGGUCGAGCUUACUCCGCCAUACCUGCUGCCAACGUUGCUGAGUGGAUCCAUUGGCUGCCUCGGCACCUUGACACGGCGGCUGUCCACCGCGCCGAAUCGGGAGGCCGAGGUGAACAUGUCCUUGGCUGCACCCAUUGCGGGGCUGAUUGUCUCCCUGGGCUUUAUGGCCGCAGGUCUGGCGAUGGGGCCCGGCACGGACCGGCAUAUCACAACCACAGAUUUAUUUAGUCUACUGUGUCAUGCCUGUCAACACAGUACUUGUCGCUGUGGUGUCUUUGUGGCGGAGUAG